AUGUCGGUUAUUGCACUCAUUACCUCCUGUGUGUUCUUCGGCAUUCUUACCGGAAUUCAUAACCCCUUUGAGGCCGGCCUCCUCGGUCGCAGAGACAUAGGAAUAGUGAUCGGUUCAUCCGCCACUUCGCCGACGUCUGAGAAGACCUCAUCACGCCCAGCCUCCCUCCCAUCGUCGAAUUCCAGCACCUCUAGACCUGUCAGCAGCCUCUACGACCUCACGUCCUCCGCCUCGGCUUCUGCUUCAUCUUCUCCCUCCGCGAUUGGCCUCGGCAUCUUCACCUCCACCUCCCUAUUAUCCCUCCCCCGCACUACUAAACCCGCACCAACACACCCACCCUUCCGCUCCACACCUCCAACCCCUAUUGACUCAGCCUGGCGCGCCGUCCACCCACCUCGCAGUCCCCCUUACGGCAGCGGAACCGAGCCAUACCGCAGCAGCACCGUCCGCUCUGCGCCGCCCUCGCCUGUGCUCCUGGCACUAGCGCAGCGUUCCAGCAGUAGUGGUCGUGGGGCGUAUAGGCUACGCUCGGUCCCUCCGUCCGUAAGCUCGAGAACCAGUUCAAGCGGGUCACUGCCUAAAAGUCCGUUGUCGACUAUGCGAAGGGCGACGGCGCCGGAUGUGGUUGUUUUCCCUGAAUGUAUGAAGGGCACGAAUGCCGGUGAGAGUAGGCGGAGCGAUGUUUCGAGCGAAGAGGAGGCGAAGAUGCUAGCGCUGGAAAGAGGCGCGGUUGACAGCGUAGGGUCUAACGACACGAUGCAGGGCAAUGGUUGGAGGAACGUGGAGUGGAAACCUGAGUCUGUGGAAUUGGUGGCAAGAAGCAGCAGAGAUAGUGGAAGAGCGUGA